AGCUCAAGUCGCCCUUAGGGAUGGCUAAAGGAGGGCACACCUGGACACGGCUCCCUCCCUGCCCCUCCAGGCAGGGUGCACCGAGGAGGCUGUCAGGAGAGGAAUGAGCCUGGAGUGAGCCAUCCACUGGCUCUCCGGCACUUGGAGAGCAGCAGCAGGCAAGGAUGGACGUGGUCGACAGCCUUCUCGUGAAUGGGAGCAACGUCGCUCCCCCCUGCGAACUGGGGCUCGACAACGGGACGCUGUUCUGCUUGGAUCAGCCCCGGCGCUCCAAAGAGUGGCAGCCGGCAGUGCAGAUUUUCCUGUACUCCCUGAUAUUCCUGCUCAGCGUGCUGGGGAACACGCUGGUCAUCACCGUGCUGAUCCGGAACAAGAGGAUGAGGACCGUCACCAACAUCUUCCUGCUGUCCCUGGCUGUCAGCGACCUCAUGCUCUGCCUUUUCUGCAUGCCCUUCAACCUCAUCCCCAACCUGCUCAAGGAUUUCAUCUUCGGGAGUGCCGUUUGCAAGACCACCACCUACUUCAUGGGCACCUCUGUGAGUGUUUCCACCUUUAAUCUGGUGGCCAUAUCUCUGGAGAGAUAUGGUGCAAUUUGUAGGCCCUUACAGUCCCGCGUUUGGCAGACGAAAUCCCACGCUCUGAAGGUGAUUGCUGCUACCUGGUGCCUCUCCUUUACCAUCAUGACUCCGUACCCCAUUUAUAGCAACUUGGUGCCUUUUACCAAAAAUAACAACCAGACCGCAAAUAUGUGCCGCUUCCUACUGCCAAAUGAUGUUAUGCAGCAGUCCUGGCACACGUUCCUGCUGCUCAUCCUCUUUCUUAUUCCUGGAAUUGUGAUGAUGGUGGCGUACGGAUUAAUCUCUUUGGAACUCUAUCAAGGAAUAAAAUUUGAUGCUAGCCAGAAGAAAUCUGCUAAAGAGAGGAAACCGAGCACGGGCAGUGGCAGCCGAUUCGAGGACAGCGACGGCUGCUACCUGCAGAAGUCCCGGUCCCCGAGGAGGCUGGAGCUCCAGCAGCUGUCCACCCGCAGCGGCAGCGGCAGGCUCCACCGCGUCCGGAGCAGCAGCUCGGCCGCCAACCUGAUGGCCAAGAAGCGGGUCAUCCGCAUGCUCAUGGUCAUCGUGGUCCUCUUCUUCCUGUGCUGGAUGCCCAUCUUCAGCGCCAACGCCUGGCGGGCCUAUGACACCACCUCUGCCGAGCGCCACCUCUCAGGGACCCCCAUCUCCUUCAUCCUCCUGCUCUCCUACACCUCCUCCUGCGUGAACCCCAUCAUCUACUGCUUCAUGAACAAACGGUUCCGCCGCGGCUUCAUGGCCACCUUUCCCUGCUGCCCCAACCCGGGGCCCCCGGGGGCGAGAGGAGAGGUGGGAGAGGAGGAGGAAGGCAGGACCUCGGGGGCGUCCCUGUCCAGGUACUCCUACAGCCACAUGAGCGCCUCUGCUGCACCCCCCUGAGCCGGCCUGCCCUCCACUGCGCUGGGAGGAGGGGGCCAGGGAGG